GGCAACACCUUAUGGAAUUCUGGGAUUUGCAGUUUACAAUGUAGUAUUUGAAAUGCUAGGUUUUGUGUAUUGCAAAGCUACACAUUCCAGAAUACUAUAGGAUGUUGGCCUUCUGAAUUGGCUAAGCAUGCCGGGCUUCUGAACCCACAGUGUUGCGGUAGCUGAAAUCACUCAAGAAAAAGAUCUUUGCCAAUGUCAAGCACUUUGUUAAAUGAAAAUGGCUGUCUUCUUGCUGCAGUACCCACACCCAAUGCCAAUCUAUAUCCCUUUGGCUUCAUCCAAAAUUUGGCCAAUUCCUCGUUCCACUAAUUCUUUAUUCUGGGCUGGAUGACAUUUUCCAUCCAAGAGCCAGAACAAUCUAUGAGAAUCCCUUAAUCACAUCAGCAGUGUGGCAAGAGUUAGCCAAUUUGUCAGGCAAGCAACUCAAGUAAAAAGAAGGCUCAGAGUGGUCGGCUAAGUAAGCAAAAAGCGGAACGUGAAAGGUAGGAAACGAAGAGGGAGAAGAACACUUAGUAUCUCAGUAUCUAUCGUGGAAAGCUAGGAAAGAUCACCCUUAAAGAACUAGAAAGAGGGAGAGAAGAACAGACCUUCAGAAUGAGCAACCAUAACUAUGAGGAGAUGAAAGGCAAUGCUUCUGUUACAAGCGAUCCAAGCUCUCACUCAGAAAAACAUUUCCACCAAGAGUCUGACUCGCUAAAGCUUCCUCUUCGACCACCAUCACCCAUGAGCUAUGGGGCACCUCCACCCCUUACACCUCCAUCAUACCAAUCUUCUUCUGAGCCACCGGAUCCUCAAUUCAGCCAAGGACCAGAGUUCCAGUCUCAGCAGACCAUCUUCAUCACACCUGUCCAGCCGACUAAAGAGCCAGAUAAUACGAUCUACUCCAUCUUUACCCUGAUGUGCUGCUUCCUUCCGCUUGGUAUUGUUGCCUUAGUUUACUCAAUAAAGACACAAGAAGCCAACCACAGUGGAAAUGCCACAGUUGCUCAGAAAUAUUCUAGACUGUCACGCAUGAUGGCCCAUAUAGCAUUUGGGUUCGGGAUUCUGAUCUGGACUUUGUAUAUCACCAAACUGACAAUCCAUUCUAGGAAACACGAUGAGACAACAGACCAAGGUCUGGCCAAUCUAUCAACAAAUAAUCCCUGAAGAUGCACCGCGUGAUGCUCACAAUGUUGAAGACCCUUCCCUGUCUUGUGAUUCUCAAAUGACAGAAUGACAGUUUUGAUGCCAUAUUAUUUGAGUGAGUCCUUGAAGGCACAUAUUAUUUGACUGGCACAGUUUAAAAUGCACAUCACUUGGUUUCUGUGUAUAUAGGUUUGAUGUUUCCGAUAGCUGGUGGUUUCCAUGUUCAUUAUAUGAUUAUAUUAUACUUUAGGCUUUCAUUGAAGCUUUGAAAUAACUAUUGAUUCUAUUCCGAAAAUAAAUUCAACACACUACGUAACUCCUUUAAGUUCAAGUUAAAGCCCAGAGUAGAUUCAUGGUCCCAUAUGUCAAGGUCAUGUAUACUUUGCAUGGUGUGUCAUGUAAACCAAACCCUUAGUAUUAUUUUACUUCACUUUGAUUAAACUCUUGUCCUUUUGUAA